AAGGGGUAGAGCAGGUUGGAGAGGGUCAUUGGCGUAAGCAACCGAUCCAGUGCGUUAAGUGAGACUUAUGAAUUGAAGAACACUUGUUUCAAAUCACACAUCCAAGCUAUUCACACCACUUCCCUUCCCGGAACUCUCGAGUUUCUUUCCCAAGGAGAAGGAGAAACACCCCAACCAUAACAAAUGGAAAUGUACAUUCGCGUUAAACGCAGUAAGACAACAUAUUUCAUCCGGUGCAAGCCGUCUGAUAAAAUUCUUGACAUAAAGCAGAAUUUGGAAGAACUCAUUGAUGAACCAGUUGAUAACCAACGGUUAAUUCUACCUAGUACAGGGGAAGUAUUAGAGGACUCUAAGACUCUGGCCGAUCAAAAGGUUGAAAAUGAUGCUGUUGUUGCACUGACCUUGAAGAAAGAUGAUAAUGAGUUUGAGGAGGUCAACAUCGUUCGACCAAAUGAUUUCUAUCAGAAUCGGGAUGGAGACAGUCACAACUGGUGACUUGAUGAAUUUCAUAAUGACUCUGGUAACAUUUUCAAACGAUUGAUAAAUUGUAGAAUAAAUGAUGUACUUGUUUGAAUUACAAUGAAACUAUCCCCUGAAAUGAAUAUGGCAGUCUCUUAAUGAGAAGAUUCUAUCUCGGUGAAUCAAAUUUGUGGUUAAGGUCUAGAUUGGCCUUAAACCUAUGUGAUGCAAAUAGGACUAAAUAUAGGCUCAAGUCAUCUAGAAAACACAAACCAUUUACAUAGUAUUUGGGCAGUUAAAAUUUGGACAUUCUUAUAAAAACUCAACAUUUGGUUAAUUGAUUGGUUUUCUACA